CCGGGCUGUGCCGAGCUGCUCCCUGCGGGAUCAGAGCGCUCCCCCGCCGGGACCCUUCUCUCACAUCCCCCUGCUGGGACGCGGCUACAUUUCCAGCCAAGCACUGCCUGCCUUGGCUUUAUUAUGUGUGUCUGCGCCGCAGCCCCGCCAGCAGAGGCAGGCAGAGGAGGAGGAGGGAGACUGGUAGCCAGAGUCAGGACAAAGAAAAAGCAGGGAGACAGAGGCUAGCGAAGGUUUAGAAACAUCGGGCUGCUAUUAAAACUCCUGUAGGGCAUCGCGAAGUAUUAACCAAAAAAGAGAGAGAGAGAGAGAGAGAGGGAGAGAGAAAGCGUGGGUUGUAAAAGCAGUGGUCUGUUCCACGCGGGGUGGAGAUGCUGGGGAAGAGCGCAAUGUCCAUGCCACCAGACCACCACCACUGCCCAGUGUAGAACGGCGGGACGGAGCACGGGGGGGUGUGCUGGUCGCUUCGGGUCGGUGCCGCUUUUCCUGGAUGAUAAAAUCCAAAACAGACUGAAAUAGUUACGAUAAACUAAAACGAAGGAGGGAAAAACAAGCCCCGAGCAGCCCAGACGGAGCUUGGAGGAGCGCGCGACGGGUUGAGCGAAGAGGAGAGAAGCCACGUUUCGGUUUUUAUCGGAGCAAUUUCCCCGAGAAACGUCCUCCAUCGCCUCUCUCCACCUGGACGGUCACCGGCCGCGCUCACUCCCCCCCUCUGCGGUCCGCGGGGCCGGAGGAAGUCGCAGCGGCGCCGGGGAACGAGAGAAACGUACCUGCGGAGGGAGAGAAAACCCGACAACAACAACAACAACACAAAAACGCGAGGCUGCCGCAGUGCAACAGGCGGAGGAGCAGCGGCGAAGUGGAGGAGGACCGAGAGCCCGCCGCGGUUAGCUGAAAACACGGAACGGAGCCGGAACAAUUGAAGAAGAAAGGACAUUUAAAACAGAAAGACGAGCUGCUCCAGACCAGAGAUGUCGAGGCGAAAGCAGGCCAAGCCGCGCUCCGUCAAAGCGGUGGAAGAAGGGGAGUCCUCAGAGUGUGGCGGGACCUGGGAUGAAGCAACUGUCCAAACAGAAGUCCCGGCGUGUGACAGAGACACGGAUCCUAAAGAAGGUCCCCGGGCCGUCGGCGAGGACGGAGAACCGGAGGAUCACGAGGACCACGACGACGACCUCGACGACGAGUCCAUCUUCACCUGCGACAACUGUCAGCACGACUUUGACUGCCUGGCCGAGCUCACCGAGCACAGAACCAACCACUGCCCAGCCGAUGGUGACGAUGACCCAGCAGGGCUUUCCUGGGUACCUUCCUCGCCCUCCAGCAAAGACGUGGCAUCGCCCUCACAGAUGCCCGAUGGCUGCUGCGACCUGGGCAUGGCCACCGGCGGCGAGGAGGAAGGAGGCACCGGCCUGCCGUACCCCUGCCAGUUCUGCGACAAGUCCUUCAGUCGUCUGAGCUACCUGAAGCGCCACGAGCAGAUCCACAGCGACAAGCUGCCUUUCAAGUGCACCUUCUGCAGCCGCCUGUUCAAGCACAAGAGGAGCAGAGACCGCCACGUCAAACUCCACACAGGAGACAAGAAGUAUAGUUGCCAGGAGUGUGAAGCUGCGUUCUCCCGCUCUGAUCACCUGAAGAUCCAUCUGAAGACUCACAGCUCCAGCAAACCCUUUAAGUGCAGUGUGUGUAAGCGUGGCUUCUCCUCCACCUCGUCACUGCAGAGCCACAUGCAGGCUCACCGCAAGAACCGAGAGCACCUCGCUCUGAGGAGUGAGAGGGACGGAGGGAAGAAGGGAGCAGGGGGCGAUAUUGACCUGGAGCAGGACCUGUAUAUGUGCGAUUACUGCGAGGAGACGUUCAGCCUGACGGACGAGCUGGAGAAACACGUCCUGACCAGACACCCCCAGCUGUCGGACCGGGCCGACCUGCAGUGCAUCCACUGUCCGGAGAUCUUUCUCGACGAGGCGUCUCUCCUCACGCACAUCGAGACGCAGCACGCCAACCGCAAACACAAAUGUCCUGUCUGUCUGGAACAAUUCCCAUCCGUGGAGGAUGUCUACUGCCACUUGGACAGCCACCGCCAGCCGGACUCCUCCAAUCACAGUGCUGCCAGUCCCGACCCGGCGCUGGGCAGCGUGGCCUCCAUGAGCUCGGCCACUCCGGACUCCAGUGCCAGUCUGGAGAGAGGCUCCACGCCGGACUCCACCCUAAAGCCCAGCCAGGGCAUCGAACGGGUCCGCAGGAGAGGCAUGGAGUCUGUGGACGACAUCGGGAUAACCCUCAGUCAUAAAGGCGGAGGGGGAGGGGCCAACUGGGGUAAAGUGACGUACUCUUGCCCGUACUGCUCAAAGAGAGACUUCCACAGCCUGGCGGUGUUGGAGAUCCAUCUGAAGACCAUCCACGCAGAUAAGCCGCAGCAGAGCCACACGUGUCACCUCUGCCUGGACACCCUGCCCACACUUUACAACCUCAACGAACAUGUGCGCAAAGCCCACCGUACCGGCGGAGGAACCAUGGGCACAGUGGCGGCGGCUUUCCCCCUGCUGCAGUUCACCAACGUCACGGCGUUCCACUGUAACUACUGCCCGGACAUGUUUGGAGACAUCAACUCCCUGCAGGAGCACAUCAGGGUGUCACACUGCUUGCCUGGUGGGAUUGUGGCAGGCUCCACCACAUUAGAAGGGAACCAUGCCUUCUUCUGCAACCAGUGCUCCAUGGGAUUCUUGACGGAGUCGUCGUUGACGGAGCAUAUUCAGCAGACGCACUGCACCUCCGUCGCAGGGGGCGGAGCUUCAUCUGGAGGAGCCGUGGCCAAACUGGAGUCUCCUGUACUGCAGGCUUCCUCGCAGUCCUUCAUGGAGGUUUACUCCUGCCCUUACUGCACCAACUCACCUAUCUUCGGCUCACUCCUCAAGCUCACCAAGCACAUAAAGGAGAACCACAAGAACAUCCCGCUGGCUAACAACAAACGGCAGGCAAAGGUUGCCGACCUGAGCCCCGCCUCCUCCGAUAUUGAGGUCUCCUCCCCGAAACGCCACAGACUCGGGGGGGACCUCACCCCCUCCACGGGCAGCAACGGGGACUACCCGUGCAACCAGUGUGACCUGCGGUUCUCCAGCUUUGAGGGUUUCCAGGCCCACUUAAAGUCCCACCUGGAGAUGCUGUUGAGGCGCCAGUCCUGUCCGCAGUGCAACAAGGAGGACUUUGAAUCCCAGGAGGCGUUGCUCCAACACCUGACGGUGCACUACACCACCACGUCGACCCAGUAUGUGUGCGAGAGCUGCGAUAAGCAGUUCUCUUCAGUAGAUGACCUGCAAAAACACCUGCUGGACAUGCACACGUUUGUCCUGUACCACUGCACUCUGUGCCAGGAGGUCUUUGACUCCAAGGUCUCCAUACAGGUGCAUUUAGCAGUGAAGCAUAGCAAUGAGAAGAAGCUGUUUCGCUGCACCGCCUGUGCCUGGGACUUCAGGAAAGAGUCUGAUCUUCAGAUCCAUGUCAAGCACAACCACCUGGGCCAGAGGUCAGGCCUCCCAGGGGGGCUGGGAGCAGGACUCAAGCCCCGGAAGUGCAUCUUCUGUGGCGAGACAUUCGGAACCGAGGUGGAGCUCCAGUGCCACAUCACCACACACAGCAAGAAGUUCACGUGUCGCUUCUGCGGCAAAGCCUUCCAAGCGAUGCCGCUGCUAGAGAGGCACCUGAGGGAGAAGCACUGCAUCUUCGACGGUGGCAGCAUCACCGGCAACGGGGGCGGCGCCGGUAGUGGCGGGAGUCAUAACGGGACCCCCAACGGGCUGGCGCAGACCUCCAAGCGAGGAGGAGGAGGAGGAGGAGGAAGCGGGGGCAAUGGAGGCAACGGAGGCGCUGAAAGAGCAACGGUGGCGGCGGCCGAACAAGCCGACCUGCAGAACCUGCUGCUGAAGAACGCGGUAGCGGCAGGCGGAGCUGGCCAGGGCGGAGACGCGGCCAACAGCCACGAGGCCAGCGGGGGGGAGGAGGAGCUGGACAAUUCGGAGCCCAUGUACGCCUGCGACAUCUGCGGCGCCGCCUACACCAUGGAGUCGCUGCUGCAGAACCACCGUCUGCGCGACCACAACAUCCGGCCGGGAGAUGAUGACGCUUGUUCCCGGAAGAAGAAGGCCGACUUCAUCAAGGGGAACCACAAGUGCAACGUGUGCUCCAGAACGUUCUUCUCUGAGAACGGACUCCGCGAGCACGCCCAGACGCAUCGCGGCCCCGCCAAGCACUACAUGUGUCCCAUAUGUGGCGAGCGCUUCCCCUCUCUGCUCACCCUCACUGAACACAAGGUGACCCACAGUAAGAGCCUGGACACGGGAACCUGUCGAAUCUGUAAGAUGCCCCUGCAGAGCGAGGAGGAGUUUAUAGAGCACUGCCAGAUGCACCCUGACCUCCGCAACUCCCUCACCGGCUUCCGCUGCGUCGUCUGCAUGCAGACUGUCACCUCCACCCUGGAGCUGAAGAUCCACGGCACCUUCCACAUGCAGAAGCUCUCUGCCGGCUCUACGCUCGGAGGAGCCGCCGGAGGGGGAGGAGGAGGAGGAGGAGGAGGGGGGGGGAACGGGUCUGCGUCCUCGUCCCCCAACGGGCAGCAGCAGCAGCACAAGCUGUAUAAAUGUGCCUUCUGCCUGAAGGACUUCAAGAACAAAGGGGAGUUGGUGAAGCUGGACGUCAACGGCCUGCCGUAUGGCCUCUGUGCCGGCUGCAUGAGCAGGGGCACGAACGGCCAGAGCCCAAGCCUAGGAGGACCCGCCACGCCCGGGGACACGCAGGGAGAGAAGGCCGCGGUCGGACUGAGGUGUCCAGAGUGCGGCGUGAAGUUUGAGAGCGUGGAGGACUUGGAGAGUCACGUCCAGACCGAUCACCCGGAGAUCAGUCCCGAAACCAGCGCGGCAGGAAAGAAAGCUGAAGCCUCACUUGCACCGAAGAAAAAGACCUACCAGUGUAUUAAAUGCCAAAUGACGUUUGAGACGGAAAGAGAGAUCCAGAUUCACGUCGCUAAUCACAUGAUCGAAGAGCCCACCUGUCGGCCAGAGGAGGGCAUCAAUCACGAAUGCAAGCUGUGUAACCAGAUGUUUGAUUCACCGGCCAAGCUGCUUUGCCACCUGAUAGAGCACAGCUUUGAAGGCAUGGGAGGUACCUUCAAGUGUCCCGUCUGCUUCACAGUGUUUGUGCAGGCCAACAAGCUCCAGCAGCACAUUUUUGCCGUCCACGGCCAGGAAGACAAGAUCUACGACUGCUCCCAGUGUCCGCAGAAGUUCUUCUUUCAGACAGAACUACAGAACCACACACUGAGUCAGCACGCGCAGUGAGACCGAGGCCCGGCAGGAUCUCUCGACUCAGCCGGGGCCCCCGACCCGGAGCCGGCGGGGGACUCCCAUCUCCACAACACAGCCAAUCAAAGUGUCAUUUGCUACUCACAUGUAAAACUCUAACGAUCGCGCCACUGGGCGCGGCUAUUAGGAGCAGCGGGGGAAAGGAAUAUUAAUGGGAUAUGCUAUUAAAUAAAGAAAGGAAAAAUUGGGUGAGAGAAACGGUAAGAGCGACAUGAAGGAAAGGGAGUAGUGAGAAAAAAGGUAUUGUACGUGCAGUAUUUUUUAUUGUCCCCGCAAUCUGUUCCCCCAACCAGCGUCUUCCCCCUCCCCUUCUCCUUCCCUUUCCUCCCCACCAACACUCCCCGGGUCAGGCAUUUUAUUUUUUUUAACAAAUAGAAGAGGCGAAACGGGCAAGAAAACACAUUUUGAUUCGGGAUUUUUUUUUAAUAGAUUGUAGGGAAAAAAUAAGUUGCUUUCUUGUCCCCUCGGUUGCUUAUUGUAUUCAACUUCAUAGGUGCCAAUUUUGUUGAUUUCUUUUUUUUUUCUGCCCUACGCGCUUCUUUGUUUUAAUUUUUUGUACCUUUCAUUUCUCGCCGUAAGUAGGUACUUGUGCUGUGUUGUGAUUGUUUGUUUGCCAGUCGUAAGAUUCCUGAGUCCCCCCCCCCCCACUCUCCUUUUUAUGAUUAUUGUUAUAUAUAUUUUUCUUUUUUGUAAUUAUUAUCAAAAAAGUCAUCGAAUUAAAUAAAGUGCAGAAAACCAUACAGAUGUUUCUUUUUUUUGGAUCGGGUUUUCCAGUCUCUAUGGGGCCUAUAAUGGUUAUUGUAAAAAUGAAUAUCAUUCAUUUCAGUGCGUCUGGUCAAUGACUGCUUUUUAAAUGUGAAUUAACCAGAUUGCAAUAAUCUAGUACAAACAAAAAAGAUAAAAUAAAUAAAUAAAUGAC